AUGAGCAAAGAGACAAAAAACUGGACAACGAACAGAGAAUUUCACAUACUGGCCUUUUCCAAUCAUGCCGAGUUAAAGUAUGUGAUCUUUAUUGGGGUCUUAUUGAUGUACAUUAUAACUUUUCUUGGAAACCUGGUCAUCAUUUCACUUAUAUGUAUGGUGUCCCAGCUGCACACUCCAAUGUACUUUUUUCUGUGCAACCUAUCAGUCCAGGACAUCAUCUACGUAUCUUCCAUCCUGCCAAAAAUGUUGACCAUUACAAUAACAGGUGACACCAAUAUUGAUUUCUCUCUAUGUAUAACACAGAUGUUUCUUUUCAUGGUUUGCAUCGUAACUGAAUAUCUCCUUCUUACAUCGAUGGCCUAUGAUCGUUAUGUGGCCAUUUGUAUCUCUUUGCACUAUUCUCUCAUGAUGAACAAGAGGACUUGUGUCCUACUGGCCACUGCUUCUUGGCUUAUUGGUAUAUUAACAUCAGUAAUGUACUCGUCAAUUGUAUCUACCUUGUCUUUUUGCAAGUCCCAAGAAAUUAAUCAUUUCUUUUGUGAUCUGAAAGCCAUAUUAAAUCUUUCUUGUAGUGACAUAACACAUAUUCACACAAUAAUAUACAUUGUAGCUGUCUUUUUAGGGGUAAUUCCUUUCCUGAUGAUACUUUCCUCCUAUGUUAACAUCAUAUCCACCAUUAUAAAGAUUAAGAAUACUGCAGGCAAACUCAAGAUCUUCUCCAGCUGCUCCUCUCACCUCACUGUUGUUAUACUAUUCUCAGUGUCACCUAUCAUUGUAUAUCUCAAAAAAGACUCAGAAGGUUUCCAGGAACCAGACAAGGUGCUUUCACUGAUAUAUAUUGCUGUGAUUCCGAUGUUAAAUCCACUAGUGUACAGCCUGAGAAACCAAGAUGUUUUAAAUGCCCUGAAAAAAGCCAGUGGAAAAAUACUACUGAUGACGAUACAUUUGCUGCUGGACUCGGAUUGCUGUAAAAAAUAA